AUGGCGUCAUCUGGGCUGGCCUCGCAGGCCGCAGCGGGCAGCAGCCUGCUGCAGGGCCUGUACAAGGGUAUGGAGCGCAUGUCACAAGUGCAGUUUGCCAAGAAAGCGCUCCGGAAGCGGGCGCAAGCGAGGACUCUUCUGGACAUCCAGCACCUGAUGAAGCAGACAGAGGACGUCUCGCUGCUCACGAAGAACGGCGCGGCGGUGCACCGGGACCUGUGCCACGUGUUGAAGCUGCGCACCCUGGAGCAGGGCGACACGUGGAACAUCGACGGCUGCGUCUUCGGCUGGAUGAUGACGGGCUCCGUGCGGAUCGUCACCGACGAGUACGCUCCGCUGGAGAAGGCGUACACUGAGAAGCCCGGCGCGUCGCGGAGGAGCCAGGCGGAGGACGUGUCGUCCAAGGGCGGCGUCUCCGUGAACGAGCUGCGCGCUCUGUUCGACUCGAUCGACGCGGACGGCUCCGGCGCCAUCGACGGCGAGGAGCUACAGACGGCGCUUGAGAUGAUGGGGAUCCACCUGUCCGACGAGAACGUGGCCGAGCUGAUGGAGGGCGUCGACGACGACGGGUCGGGGGAGCUCGAGUUCGAGGAGUUUGUGGAAAUCAUGACGACGAAGCUCAAGGUGGGCACUGCGCCGGAGCGGCGGUGGGAGCUGAUCGAGGAGCCCGGCGCGGAGCUGGAGGAGCUCCUCGCGGGCGUGAAGUUCGAGGGGCGGUGGCUGCGGGACUUCCUCGAGCAGCACUCGUUCGGGGGGCGCAGCGUGGUGGACAAGCUGCCGUACCAGUGCCGCGUGAAGGCGCUCACGGACUGCGACAUCGUGGUGAUCGACGCGGCGCUGUUCGAGAAGAUCUUGACCGAGGGGUUCGACGGGGAGCUGCGCGCGAAGAUGGACGCCAUGUCCGCAAUGGGCCCCCUGAAGCCGUGCAUGGAGUUGUCCGACAAACGCAGCAUCGCGUUCGCGGCCGUGCGCGUCGAGAUCGCCGCGAAAGACGCGAUCCACGAGCAGAACGCCGACGCGAACAAGGUGUGGUUCAUCGAGCACGGGACGGCGGACGUGCUCUUCCGGGUCACCGACACGCCGCUGGUCGACUCCAACGCGCAGCGCUCCAAGGCCGCGGUCCUCCGCGAGGACCUCCUCACCUCGAAGCCCCGCAGCAAGGCCGUCACCGUCGCGCGGCUGCUCCCCGGCGACAUGUGCGGGGAGGAGGCCGUCAUCGGCGCGGCGCGCUUCUCGCACAGCGUCGUGGCCGUGUCCGACGUCGUCGCGUACGUCCUCGACAAGGACGCCAUCCGCCGCGUCCUCCACCCCGAGGACUACAAGCGCCUCGUCGACCACUGCCUCGUCGUGGGCAAGUGGCGCGCCGCGCAACUGGCCAAGGCGGUCGCCGCGCAGGAGGCGGCGUCCGCGGAGGCCAAGGGCGUGCUGAACACGGCGCGGAGGACGCUGAAGCAGGUGAACCGGCAGCGCGAGCGCAUGGGGCUCGGCGCGACGAAUCUCUCGCAGCUAGGUCCCGCGAUGAAGGAGCUGGUGCUUGCGAGCACGGGGGGCGGCGGCGGAGGGCCCGCGGAGGAGCCGCCGCGGCAGGACAUGCUCGGUGCGAUGGCGUGGACGAUGCGGAAGAAGACGUACUUCCACGCGGGGCAGGCGGAGGGCGCGGGCUUCGACGGGCAGGUGCUGCGGAGUGCCUACCACGGCGUGGGCAAGGUCGUGCACUCGGCGCUGACUCAGCUGGGGCACAAGAAGGACGUUGAGUCGGAGGCGUCGCUGGCCAAGCUGCAGCGAGACACGGCGACGCCGGAAUCGUCCACGAGGGACCUCGACGUGUCCCGGCUCCUGCCCGGGCGCGGUCAGCUGGCGAGCGCCGCCCGUCCGCGCUCCAGAGCGGGCUCGGAGUGGUCCGACGUCUCUGGUAUGACGGAAGAAAAACUCCCCCUCCUCUUCUUCAGGAGGGCGGAAGCGACCGCGCCGGGGAAGUUCUCGCUGUCGAAGACGGACCGCAUGCGCCUCGAGGGCAUCGUUCCCGACGACACGACGCACACCGCGCCCGGGGGCGCCAGGCUCGACGUGACGCAGUCCAUCGCGCAAGGCUCGCUCGCGGCGGUCGCCCCGCACGAGGGCUGCAUCGUCAACCCCUCGGGCGACCUCGAGCAGCAGCAGGCUCUCCUGGACGGUGCCCUGGCCAUGGUGUGGGAACUCUAUCCGCGGACCAAGCACGGUAACGCUGGGCAGUCCCGGCCCGCGAAGCCCGUGUCGCCAAUGGUGUCGCAGCGGGCGCAGCGGAAAGCGACGUCGCGGGCGCCCGCGGGGCUCUCGACGACGCCGAUGCCGGCGCUCGGCGGGAGCUCGCACCGCGGCGGCACGCGCACGCCGCGCACGGCGCCGGGCGGGGAUCGGCAGGGCGGCGCGUACGUCACGCCGCGGGGCGUCGGGCUGUACGCGGGCGCGGACGGGCGGCUCACGCCGCAGCCCGGCGGCACGCCGCCGCCCGCGGCAGCAGGAGCGCAGGCGUCCGAGGUGCGGACGGUGGUUGGGCCGGGCGCGCGGGUCGGACGCACGGCGGGGGGCUCGCGCGGCGGCACGGCGAUGCGAGGCCUCGCGUCGCAGCAGCCCGUGGUCGCGGCGGUCGUGCCGUCGUCGCCGGGAAAAGGCCAGCGGGGGGAGGGGCAGGGCGCGCAGCCACAGCACCUCUCCGUACGCGCGAGCACCGUCUCGCACGUCCCCUCUCCCCGCGUGUUCACGACAAGCCUGGCGGAGGCGAUGGGGGGGCUCGACGACCCCCAGGACCCCUCCUUCGAGGGGGGGGGUCUCUCGCAACAACAACCACCUCGAGGAGCGAGUUCCCGAGAAGAGAGCCGCGGAAGCCCCAUCGCAGCUCCGCACACAGCGCCCGCGGGAGCUGACCGCGGCCGGAGCGGCUCCCCGCGCGGCUCGUCAUCGUCGGACAGCGAGGGGGGGGAGUUCGACUUCCAGUUCGACUCGCGCCCUGACGACGCCAGUCGACUCCCCCCGCACGCGGAGGAGCAAGGCGCGCUCUCGGCGUCGAUGGCGAGCGGCGCCGCACCGCCCCGCUCGCCGGACAGCCCCGGCAGGCGGCGACGGCAACGCACCGCCGUCGCAGCUCUCGAAGCCAGCUCCGCGGACCUGACCCCGGAACCGUCAGCGGCGCUGCACCCCGAGCCCUCCCUCGCGGAGCCCGACGUCCACAGCUCCGCCGUCGCGCACCCGGCCGACAGAGAGUCUAUGCGGCGUGCGUCGGACCUGAGCUCGAUGCAUCGGCGCGGCAGCCAAGGCGCCGACUCCGCGGGGCAGCCGCCGGUGGCGCCGACGCCGGAGCAGCUGCUCGGCAGCGACGCCGGCUCCGGGUACGCCAGCACGGAUCUCCCGGCGGGGGAGUUUCUGUCCGCACGGGGGUCCAUGGACGAGCACCUCGCGAGCGCGAUGCGCAGCUCGGCGCGGUCGUCGGCCGCGGAGAGUUCCCAGCAGGUCCGCUGGGACCGGUCGAUGUCGCAGGGGGGGGAGUCGUCGCGGGACUCCCCCGGCCGGGGGGGCAAGCGGCGUGUGUCGUUCGGGGGGUUCCUCGAGGCGCACCGCGAGGACCCGGACGUCAGCGCAGCGGGUGCGUCGAGCCGCGGCCGGCGUGCGUCGCACAGCGGGCACGCGGAGACGCAGAUCCCUCAGGCCUGGUACCUCGGCGCGUCGCGAGCGAAGACAGCUCUGGAGCUGAGCAUGUCGGCGGGUCGUCGCUCCCGCACGAGCGGCGGCGCGCAGAGCGAGGAGAUGUCGAUGACGCAGCGGAUGCGCAGCCGGCUGAAGGCCUACGGCUCGUCGAUGCGCGGGCAGCGAUGGCAGCAGAUGUAUGGCGAGGCGCCGGGCGCGUACGAGGGCGGCGAGGGCCUCGAGACGGUCGAGCGCGCGCUCGCGCUGUGCGGGAACGAGGGCGUGGCGCCGGGCAAGCGCCUGUUCUCCGGCAAGAAGAAGGGAGGGUCCCCGCGCAGCGGCCAGGCGAGCCCCGGGCAGCUCGCGCGGCAGCUCUCGAUGAACUACGCGGAGGAGCAGCGCCGGGCGACGAUGGAGAAGGUGCGCGCGCGGGAGCGCCGCAAGGAGCGCAGGGAGCGCGAGAGCGGCAAGCGUCGCCCGCGCCGCGCCAGCAACCAGCGCCUGGCCGAGCUCGCGCAGCCGAAGCGCUCGUCGCAGAGCGAGUUCGAGGAGAAGCAGGAGUACCGCGCCCUGGUCAACAGCCGCUCGUCCUCGCGCGGGCGCGGCCCGCGCCCGGAGUCGCCUGAUGACAGCCAACGGCGGCGCUCGACUCUUGGCAUCAUGGGCGCGAGCAGGAAGAACCUGCUGCCGUCGUCGGACCUCACGGCGCGCAAGCGCCUCGAGAAGUACGUCGCGACGGGCGAGCUCCGUCCGCCGGAGCCCGGGAUGGCCGUCCUCGGCGACGACGACCCCGCCGGCAUGGAGGACGAGGGCAGGCAGCAGGUGUGGCGGCCGAAGAUGCCGGUGCGGUCGCACCUACACGAGCCGACGGCGGCGUCGCGCGGCGCGGUGACGGGGCGCCACCGGCCGCACACGCGCGGGCUGCAGGCGAUCGCGCGCGCCAUGUACUCGUGCGGGGGGAGUCAGUACCAGGCGCUGCGGGCGGCGCGCAAGGUGCUGGACCAGCCGCUGGCUGCGUCGGGGGACGCGAUGGGGCAGUUCAAGGCCGGGCAGCUCGGCGUGUCGGGGUACACGCGCGCGCUGUUGGUAGCGAACGGUCAUAUCCGGCCGGAGGACAGUAUGGCAAAGCGACGGCUGGGGCUUGCGUUUUCGAGCGGGCAGAGCGCGCGGCCGGGCAGCACGAAGCACGUGAUAUCGAAGCUGCUGGGUUCGGCGCGUGCGAGCGAGAGGGAGAGCACGGCGGGGGAGUCGCAGCGCGCGUCGCGGAUGUCGCGGCCCGGGACGGCGCAGCCGCGGUCGCCGACGGCGGGCGAGAAGGUGCUCGGGAGCGACAUGGAGGCGAAGAUGGCGGUGCUGGAGCGGAUGCUGUCGGGCGCGACGGUCGGGUGGGAGAAGGGGGAGUCCGGCGUGGUGGUGUGGGGGGGGACUGUCACGCCGACGGUCUAUGGGGCGAUCCGGGGCGGGGACGCGGAGGGGAAGCCGCUGGUGGACGCGGUGGCGGCGCGUCGGAAGCAGCUCGGGACGAAGGUGCUGGACAAGAGCAUGGUGGUCCCGAUGUCGGUGUGGGGGGUGUCUCACCAGGGGGCGGAGGAGGACGUGGCGAUGCGGACGCUCGGGACGCGGACGUUCAACAACGGCGUGCAGACGCGCGUGGUGCCGACCAAGGUGCCCAAGGGAAGGCUCAUUCGCGAGCAAUUAGAGAUUGCCAAACUGCAGCGGCUGCGCAAGGAGAUGCUGCGGCAGCGCGCGGCGAUCGAGGCGCUGUCGAAGCCGAAGGCCGCGAAGACGUGA